AUGUCAGUUAAGGACUUUAUCGUUGCCACAAAAUACAAACUGAUUCGGAAAAUUGGUUCUGGCUCUUUCGGAGAUAUCUAUGUAUCGAUAAACGUGACGAACGGCGAGGAGGUGGCCAUUAAGCUGGAAAGCAAUCGGGCGAGACACCCGCAGUUGCUCUACGAGUCCAAGGUCUACCGUAUUCUGCAAGGAGGAGUCGGAAUCCCACACAUCAGAUGGUACGGAACCGAGAGAGAGUACAAUGUGCUCGUUAUGGAUCUUCUCGGCCCAUCGUUGGAGGAUCUCUUCAACUUCUGCUCCAGACGGUUCACCAUGAAGACUGUUCUCAUGCUGGCUGACCAGAUGAUAGGACGUAUUGAGUAUGUCCACGUGAAGAACUUCAUCCAUCGUGACAUAAAGCCAGACAACUUCUUGAUGGGAAUUGGACGUCACUGCAACAAGCUCUUCUUGAUCGAUUUCGGAUUGGCCAAAAAGUACCGUGAUUCGCGCACCAGAACUCACAUCCCAUACAGAGAGGAUAAGAACUUGACUGGAACCGCCAGAUACGCAUCGAUCAACGCUCACUUGGGAAUCGAACAAUCGAGAAGAGAUGACAUGGAGUCUCUCGGGUACGUUCUCAUGUACUUCAACCGUGGAACUCUUCCAUGGCAAGGAUUGAAGGCCGCCACCAAGAAGCAAAAGUACGAGAAGAUUUCGGAGAAGAAAAUGACAACAUCGGUCGAGCACCUGUGCAAGGGAUUCCCAGCCGAGUUCCCAAUGUAUUUGAGCUACACAAGAGGACUUCGUUUCGAUGAAUCGCCAGACUACAUGUACUUGCGACAACUGUUCAGAAUUCUUUUCAGAACGCUUAACCAUCAGUACGACUAUACAUUCGAUUGGACUAUGCUCAAGCAGAAGGCUCAACAAUCGCAAACUAACGCCAUUGCCGGAACCGCCACCACCCAAAAUGCCACUGGAGUGCCUUCAUCUGGAGUUCCGCCAGGAGUCGCUCCAUCUGGAAAUACUCCACAAUAG